AUGAGCUCUAACUCUGCAUUUUCAUACGCGCAAGCCGCAAAGGGUUUGCAAGGAUCCUCUGUUCCCAGCAAGACGGCGUCGGAGCCUGAGAAGGCUGAGCCUAAGAUGGAGGAGCAAAGCAAUGGUGCUAUUGCGGAACCUGCGCCCGUUGCCCCCAAAUCCGAGACACCGCAAGAUGUCGAGAAGUCUGCAGUUGAGCCAAAGGAGGCUGAAUUUACGACCGACCGCUUCACCAACCGUGAACAACCGGUCGAAUGUUCAGUCGAGGAGGGUGAUUCUUCGAGUACACCCAACGGCAACUCAGAGGCCUCUUCAGAGAAGAAGGCUCAGGCUGAUGGAAAGACUGAUAAGUCUGAGGAUGGCGCUGAAGGUUCCAAGGACAAGUCGGAUAAAUCCGAGAAGUCUGAUAAAUCCGAAAAGGGCGAGAAAUCCGAGAAGAACACUCCUCCUAAGGAGCUGAAGGCCGCUCCUCUACCCUCCGUGAACAUCUGGCACCAGCGCAAAGAGGCACAGGAUGCCAGAUCCAAGACCGCUCCCGCUACACCAGCCUCCACCGGCAAGACCACCGAGACCCAGCAGGAUUCGUCCAAGGCCAACCCCAAGAAGAAGGGUGCCGAUGGUGUGACCGAAGGUGCUAAGGGUGGCAAGAAGACCGAGGGUGGAAAGGCUCUUCCCGCUGUUGGAGAUGCUACCGCAUGGCCUACUCCUGAAGUUGCCCUGGGUGAGGAGAAGAAGAAGGCUCAGGAGAAGACAGACAAGAGCCCCGUCAUUCGCCCCCACGGCAAGGAGAAGUGGAUGCCCGUCAACUACGUUCCCACUGCUGUUUUCAACACUCCCCUUCCUACGCCUGGCAGCGGUAGCCGUGGUGGCCGCAGAGCCACUCGCGGUGGACGCGAUGGCGGCCGUGGAGCUGCUCACGGUGCCGGUGCUGCUGGCGAGAAGGCUGCUUCCGGGCAGGCCACUCAAGGAACAGCCAAGCAGGCCGCUGGUGAGCGAGGACGUACUGAGGCUGACACUGGACGUGCCGCCUCGUUGCCCGCUCAGGCCAGACGCUCCGAUAGCGCCGAGGCUCCCGCUGAGGGUCGCAAGGCCCAAGCUGCCGAGCGCGGCCGAGCUACCCGCGGUGCUGAGGACGCCGCUGUCUCCAACGGAAAGCAGACAAAUGGCGAGAAUAGCCGUCCCCAACGUGAUGGCAAGCAGUUUGCAAAGAACCAGGAGGCUCGCAACUCUCGCGCUGCGAAUCUGGCUGUCGACCCCCAUGCGGCCGCUCGUGUCAAUGAGCGUCGCACAGAGCCUGGCUCCAAGUCUGCUGACCCGGCUGGUUUCCACGAGUUCAACCGUGAGCGUGGAGGGCGCUCAAACCGCGGCCGUGGUCCCUAUGGCUCCUUUGGUGGACAGAAUGGCCAGUUCGGCAACAUGUCGAACAACUUCGGCAACCCCAAAUUCGGAGGCUUCAACGACCGCCAGCGCUCUCAGAACGGGGUGCCAAACGGCUCUCAGCAGGGCAACCGCAUGCCCUUGAGGUCACCUUCAUUGCCAGCUUCUGCUAGUCCCUAUGGUUAUUACCCCAAUGACAUGAAUGUCUACGGUUAUCAGGCUGUGGCUCCUGGCCCGAUGAGUGCAGUUCCUUACCAGCAGUACAUGGAGCCCUUCUCACUCAUGCCUAUGCUCACUAUGCAGCUGGAGUAUUAUUUCUCAGUUGAUAACCUGUGCAAGGACAUGUUCCUUCGCCGUCACAUGGACGGCCAGGGUUUCGUUCCUUGGGAGUUAUCGCUAAUUUCAAGCGUGUCAAGUCAUUGA